UCACGGAGGGCCCUGUGGGCAGGGUCUCUUUAAAGGCCCCGCCACCCCAGCUGGCAAUGGCCUGUGUCUCUGACCUGCUGGCUGCAGCUCACACCCGCUGUCCCACUCACCAUGGAGAAGGUCCUCAUCCUCCUGCUUGUGGUCCUGGCGGUGGCCCAUGCGGCUCCUGAGCGGGGAAUCAUUAUCAACCUGGAGAAUGGCGAACUCUGCCUCAACAGUGCCCAGUGCAAGAGCGGCUGCUGCCAACACUCGAGUGCUCUGAGCCUGGCCCGCUGUGAGGACAAGGCCAGCGAGAACAGCGAGUGCUCACCCCAGACCAUCUACGGCGUCUACUACAAGUGCCCCUGUGAGCGGGGCCUGACCUGCGAAGGGGACAAGUCCAUCGUGGGCUCCAUCACCAACACCAACUACGGCAUCUGCCUUGAUCUCUGAUCUUGGCCACCUUUGCUGUGGCUGGCCACCUCCUCGAGCAGUGCCUCCAAGAUUAAAUCAGGCUGUUGGCGAUUAAAGCCCUCAUGC